AUGUUCCCAACAAACCCGAGGGCCGAGAGGCUACGGCUGAAUCGGACAAACCAAACCACACCCAUCUCGCGGCCCCACUCGCCAGUGACACAGCCUGAACGAGCCGAAGCCGAGCUCCCCGCUCCCCCAAACCAAAUCCCCCACCCCAAGCAGCUGCCCCUCCCAACCCAUCUCCCAAAUCCGCCGCAACGCGUGGCAAACGACGCCAACGGACCCAAACCCACACCCAAAUCCUCCCCUCUCUCGCCGCGCAUCGACGACGGCGCGGGCGCCAUGAUCCUGCGCACGUAUGGGCGCAGAUCCCGCUCCUUCUCCGACGGCGGGGGCGGGGUCUCGUCGUCGCAGGACGCGUUCGACUUCGACGCCGACGCCGACGCCGACGUGCUGGGGUCGUCGGCCUCGCAGCCACUCCCGCCGUCGCAGGAGUUCUCCUCGACGUGGGACUUCGACGAGGACCCGCCCCCGUCCCCGCCGCGGUCCCAGCCGGAGGGGAGGCGGCGCGGGCGGGGCGGGGCAAGAAGAGGAGGAGGAGGGUGGGAGCUCGCGGAGGCCCCCGCGGUGGCGCCGACGGCGACGCUGAUGGAGGCGGAGGAGUACGGGGAGAUGAUGGAGAGCGUGGACGAAGUCACGUUCGCGCUCGACGGGCUCCGCCCUGCCGCGCAGAAGCGGACGCGGCGGGCCAGCCUGCUCGCGCUGCUUGGGAUCUGCGCCUCCGCCGAGCGCCGCCGCGUGCUCCGGUCCCAAGGAUUGGUACAACAAAUUAUCGAGGCUAUUUUGGUUCUGGACAUUGAUGAUCCUCCCUGCGCUAUUGCUGCAGGAGCUAUUUUAUUUGUUUUGGCAAGUGAUGUCCAAGAUAAUAAUUCGCUGGAUUCAGAAACUUGUGUCCAUUUCCUUCUUAAAUUAUUAAACCCUCCGGUGAAUGUUGUUGAUGCCAAAGCGCCAUCAAUAGGUUCCAAACUUCUUGGAAUCAGUAAAUUUCAAAUUCUUAAUGGUUCCAAUAAGGAUGCGGACUCUAGUUCAGAGGACAUACUUUUAAAAGUUGAAGAAAUUCUCUUAAGCUGCAAAGAGAUCAAGCCACUAGACAGGGAUGAUAAGAGAACAACAAGGCCGGAACUAUGUUCAAAGUGGCUUGCUUUGUUGACAAUGGAAAAGGCGUGCUUGUCUGCUGUUGCAUUAGAGGAUACAUCUGACAUGGUGUUGAAACUUGGAGGAAAUUUCAAAGAAACAUUAAGGCAGUCGGGUGGCCUUGAUAAUAUUUUUAAUGUUAUGGUGAAUUGCCAUUCAGAACUGGAGAAACUUGUAAAGGAUGCCUCCACUACAGCUGUGGAGGGUAAGGAAGGAGCUCCUCCGCAAAGUACCGCACUCCUCUUGAAAUGUUUGAAAAUUUUGGAGAAUGCCACAUUUCUAAGUGACAACAACAAGACCCAUUUGCUCAGCAUGAGUCGAAAAUUGAGCCCUAAGUGCCCCUCACUUCCUUUUGUUGGUGUCAUUCUCAGUAUUAUUGAAUUACUAUCAGCUCUCUCCCUCCUUCAGAAACCGUCCCCUGUUUCAAGAAAAGCAGAUCCAAAAAAUACUGAAGUUUGCAACGGGGCCUGCUCUGCAGACAGUAGAGGUUUGAGCUUAUUGAAUCAUCAUAGCAAUUGCAAUAACUCAAAGAAAAAGAGCCUUUUACUGAAUCCAAGGCACCAGGAUUGCUCAUCUUCCAAAUCAGAAGCUUCUCAUGUUACUAUCUCUUCUAGCAGUGUUGUCUCUCAGUCACAAAGGACACUCAAUUCUUCAUCUUUUUCAAGCGAUGGGGCAUCAAGUGGUUCACUUGGAGUGAAACAUAGUAAUGGUGCUAGUUUGAAGCUCAAUGUAAGAAAGGAUCGUUCUAAAACUAAUACAAUCAGGGGCUCAAGUGGUUGGAUUUCUAUAAAAGCACACACUUCUGAUUGGAACUCCAGAGAAAUGGCAAAAAAGCGGCGUCUAUCUGAAAAUGUACACACUGAUUUGAGUAAUGGUGGUGAUGACCCAUUUGCAUUUGAUGAUAUUGAUCAAGAACCUUCAAAUUGGGAUCUAUUUGGUCCAAAAAGGAAAUCACCACGGAAGCGAGCGAAACGAUCUAAUGGAGAAGUGCUGGAUGAUUGUGGGACUGCAGUAAUGGGAAGUCCUGAAUUAUGUCAACCUGAAGAUAUUUAUCAGUCAGGUGCAACUUCUGAUUCUAAGGCUGUAGAUGAGUCCAAUCUUUUGGAAGAUUGCCUUUUGGCAUCAGUUAAGGUUCUUAUGAACUUGGCAAAUGAAAACCCGUCUGGCUGCGAACAGAUUGCGUCAUGUGGUGGAAUUAAUACCAUGGCCUCCUUGAUCAUUAAACAUUUCCCCUCAUUUGAUUUCUCCAUGGACAGUAACAAUCAAAUGAAAGAAAGAGUGUCCUUUGGUGAUCUCUUGUCUUCCCAGAACAGCAAGUCACUCCAAAUCAAAACUAAGCAAUUGCGAGACUAUGAACUUGAUUUUCUGGUCGCCAUAUUGGGAUUGCUUGUCAACCUUGUGGAGAAGGAUAGCCUUAAUAGGGUACGACUUGCGAAUGCCCGUGUUUCUGUCAAUCUAUCUCAAAAUCCAGAUAGCAAAGAGGUACAGAGGGAUGUCAUACCCCUGAUCUGUUCAAUAUUCUUAGCAAGUCAAGGUACCGGGGAAACUGCUGAAGCUAUAUCACCGGAUGAUGAAGAAUCUUUGUUGCAAGGAGAACGCGAAGCUGAAAUGAUGAUCGUGGAGGCCUAUGCAGCACUUGUGCUCGCCUUUCUUUCUACGGAAAGUAUGAAGGUUCGAGGAGCCAUUUCCAGUUGCCUUCCGGACAACAACUUAAAAGUUCUUGUACCAGUGCUAGAGAGAUUUGUGUCAUUUCAUCUGCAACUCAACAUGAUGACAAGGGAAACACAUUCAGCUGUCACUGAAGUCAUUGAAAGAUGCCGGCAAUCAUAG